CGACUGAUUACUCGUGGUGGCCGAACCCAACGUGGUGGACAUGGACCUCCCCCGAGCCAGCCUUGAUCUCUUCUGGCCUAUUGUUUCAUCAUUUUCCAUCUUUCCUAUGCCUUACAAGAGUUAGUCUCCUUGAAGAGAUCGUAGAGAACUCAGGUCCAAGAGAACUGGGCGGUGCACGUGAUCUUAUAACUCAAUACAAGCUGUUGCCACACCAUGAGUUCUUUUGCAAGAGAUCACUUCCUGAGAUGCUCAUUACCUUCACAAUGUGGUGGGCGACACCAGAUAUUAGAAAGGGAGAAAGAAUGCAACUGGAUCAGCUUAUUCCAAAUGCAACGCAUAACCGAGAUGGAAAUGCUCGCAUCCAACCUUUUGUUCUAGAUGAACUUAAGGAGGCUUUUGAACUUAAUGAUAUACAUCUCCUUCGAGCUAGGUAUGAGAAUUUAAUGAUAUCUCCAUGUUUCUUCUUACAGGCAGAGAAGGAGGGUGCUCUUACCAUUGCGUCAAAAUCAAAAAAAAAAAAAAGCGAGUCAAAAGACAAGGACAGGAACAAGGAGAAAGAUGGGGAACAUAAGAAGCACAAGCACAGACAUAAAGAUAGGACCAAAGACAAGGAUAAAGACAGGGAUCGCGAGAGAAAGAAGGCAAAAAAAGUGGACACCAUGAUAAGAAAAGGAAGCACAACGGGAAUGAAGAUGUUGAUGACGCUCAAAGGCAGAAAAAGAGCAAGCACAAGAGUUCAAAGGUUGAUGAGAUGGGCACACGAUAAAAGGUUUGAGACUGAAGCGGUGGAGACACUCAGAUUUUGUAUUUUACACAUCCAAGUAGAUGGAGGUCUCAUGUCAGUCCCAUCACAAGAUAAUAUAUAA